AGAACGGUACGGUUACAGAAACAGAAGUAAUCAAAUCAAAAUCAUAUGUUCUUCCCAAAUCCCAUUAAAAAUUAAUUGUGGAACAAUGAACAGUUGAAAUGAAUAAUAAUUAAUUUUGUAGAAAUUUGAUACAGUAUUUAUUAAUAGUAUUAUUCAUAAUCAUUUUUAUUUAACUUUGUAUUAACGUAGGCUAUUAUUGUUAAUUGAAAUGUAUUCAGUUCGUGCUAUUUAGUGAUAUUUAAAUCUAGUAAUAAGAACUUAAUAUUUUAAUUUCCUGAAAAAAAAUCAAAGAAAAUUAUUUAGGCAGGCUUAGGCCUUUAUUAGGUUAGGUGCAGAGCAGACUAUCUUCUUAUCUUCAAAGUUAAUAAGGUAUGUCAAACCGUGGACGAGGGAGAGGAAGAGGCUUUGGGAGAGGAAAAUAUAAUGAAUUCAGACAGAAUGAGAGCUCUUAUGGUUUUGGUUGGCGAGGCAGAGGACGCGGAAGUUUUUCAUCUUAUGAAAAUACCCUCAAUCAAAGCGACAAGCUGCAGAAUAAGAUUGAAAGACACCCUCCUGAUACCAGCCAAGAAAUUGAAGAGAAGCAACCAAUCUUCACUCCGCAGCCCCAGUUAGAUUACCACUCAACGAACUUUCUGACAAACCUGAGAUCAGUUUGGAGCUUAUUUGAUUGUGAGUUUCCAAUGCUAUUUGCCGAUCGGUUCCCUCUUCUUCUCAGUCUUCUUUUGACUUCUUUGUUCAGAAGCACUCUAACCUGCGAUGAUGUAAUAUGGAAGAAGAGUGAAAAUGUCUCAAGAAUGCUGCAGGAAUAUUUUCUAUCAGUUGAAAAUCCCUACGAUUCAGCCUUCAAAGUUGCUGUUACCUGCCCUGACUUUUAUCAGGGGAAACCUAUGUCUUUACCUUUAGCAGUUAUUGAAGAGUUGGCUGUGUUUUUAAAACCGAAUAAGGAGAAAUACGCUUCGUGCCUUACUUUAGAUAUUAAAUUUGAUGUGUUUGAUAUAUUCACCAAGCAAAGAAAUGGACUACUCACAAAAAUGGCAUUUGAGGUGUAUGAACUUCAAUCCAGUAAAGAGAUGUUUGUGGAAAGAAUAAACAGUUUUAUACAAAACCGACAGUACAAAGAGGCAUGCCAGACGGCGAUGUACCUGGGACUCGACCAGUUCGGCAUAGAGGACUUUGUUGUGCCGCUGUUGUUCCAAGACAAGUUGACAAUCGCUGAGGACUAUUUGCGUAUUAGUCCUGCCGCGCAGACAGCCACAGCUCAGUAUCUCGAUCAACUGCUGCAGGGUCGAGUCAACGAGAAGAUCAUGGAUGUUAUUAGACAGCUGAAUAUCCCAGAACCAAAACAAGAAAAGCUGCAGUACAAACCCAUGUCAAAGCUAUUGGCGAGGUUUUUGAAAAUAUUCAAUAUUCAUCCUAGUAGCUGCCCAAACCUGACUCGCAAGAAAAGAGAGGGAGCUUUGCAUUUUGUGAUUUGUAAACGCUACAAGUACAAUGAAAUCGAGGGUGAGUGUUGGAGGGAGAUGGUGUCAGAGGCAGUAUGUGGAGACUCAUAUCUGGAGGAGGAGCUAGUCGCUGCAAUCAAUCUGCACGGAGACGUUGUGGAGGCUGCAUUCUUUGCUCGCAAGUUCAACAUUCCUGCACACAAGCUGCCUUACAAUGUAGUGACAUACCUCAGGACUGGCACUUUAGAGUACCACUACUCGCCGCCACGAGUGACUGUGCCGAGGAAGGUGCUGCAGUUACCAGAGAGUCACAUAGUUAUGAUGGUGGACACAGAUGAGUCACUAGCCCGCUGUGUGGAGGCUGUGUCCAACACUCACGUCGUGGGGCUGGAUGCUGAGUGGAAGCCUGCAUUCUGCUCUGAAACUGAGGCACUCUCACUACUGCAGGUGGCCACUCACGAGGAGACAUUCCUGGUGGAUGUCCCGGCUCUACAACACAGUCCUGUGUGGAAAGACCUCAGCCAGGGGCUGUUCUUGAAUCCAGACAUUUUAAAGUUGGGUUUUGGACUAUCAGUUGACUUGUUGAAGCUGAAAGAGAGCAUAAACAUGAAUGAUGUUAAGAUGGCAGGAUUAGGUUUCCUAGAUUUGAACCUCUUAUGGAAAAAAUUGAUGAGGGAAUUCAAUAUUACACUACCAUUCAAAGGUGAGGAAAGUGACACGGUGGAGGGUCUGUCAAAACUGGUCUCAUUGUGUGUGGGUUUGCCAUUGGACAAGUCUGAGCAGUUCUCCAACUGGGACCGCCGGCCUUUGAGGGAUGCCCAGAGGAACUAUGCAGCUUUAGAUGCCUAUUGCCUGAUUAUUGUUUAUGAAGUGUUGGCCCAUGAGUGCAUCAAUCAAGGAGUACCAUUCCAGGAUGUUUGUCAAGAUCUUAUGAUAGCUGGAGCUAACGUCACCAAAAAACCUAAGAAGAAACCAUUACCGUCUCGUAAGGUAUUUGAAGAGCCAACGACUCAGUCCUCUAAAAAUCGGCCAAUCAGAGUGGCCGAUUUUAAAGUGGUGUGUGACACAAUGUUACAAGGACUCGGCCGCAGUCUGCGCUCUGUGGGUGUGGAUGCUGAGAUCCUCAGCAAUACACAGAACCACAAUGUCUGCGUGGCCUUGAACAGAGAACAGAACAGAGUCAUUCUGACCAAAGGAGCUGUCUAUGAUAGACUGCACACACAAGUGCCUGAAGGAAUGUGUUAUCGAGUGAUGAAGCAAACAUCCAAAGAACAGAUGGUGGAAGUUUUGAGGUUUUAUAACGUUAUGGUGGCUAAAGAGGAUAUAUUUAGUCGAUGUCAGCUAUGUAAUGGAGCAGAUUUCAAGAAGCUGACCCCUCAGGAGUUGAGGAAAGCUAUUGAUUCAACUUACAGAACACACCGGCAUGUUUCUGCUCACCAACUGGAUAUUGCUGACGAUGACUACGAUGAUUACAAUGACUUUGAUGAUGACAGCUGUUCAGAUGAUGAUAUACCAGGUCCAGUUACCCAUGCCCCAUCAGGGUAUGUCACGUCACAGGCAGGAGCCAAUCAUACACCAGUUGAAGAGGAUACAUUUUAUGGCUACAACUGUGAGACAAGCACAGGAGCUCAUAUCAAGCACGAAAGCAUACCCAAAGACAAGUUUGACAGUGUGCCGUUGUUCUACGUAUGUGAUAAUUGUGGCCAUUGUUACUGGGAUGGCAGCCACUUGGUGCGUAUCCUGGACAACUUGCAACACAUUGUCGCCAAGUAGACAAUCUUGUGAUACACAUGUACAGUGGACCUCCUCCGGAACCUGACAAAUAGUAGAUGUAAGGACACUGCAUUGUAGUAUAACAUUAAGGCAUUUGAACAUUUGUAAGGCAUAGCACAACCUUGAUUAAACACUGUACUGUUCUGUUCUUGUGAAUAAUACAAAUAGAUCACGCGACUUAUAAUACACCUAGAAAAUAGGCUUUGCAAAUUUUUUCUUGUGAAGAAAAAUCUAAAUUGCAACAACUUUAUUAAACCCAAUGCCAAAUUAUAACUCAAAACUAAUCUGGGGUGUUGCCUGUUAUUUUUGUGAAGUACUCGAUUGACUAAAAUUUCUUCAGUCAUGAUGUUAGUUUUUAUUUAUGUCAUGCCCGUUCCUUCUUUAUAAUUGUCAAAGGACCGAAGUGUGGUUAAAUUUUCUCUAAUUGUCCAGUAAUCCGUGUAGUUCUGUUGUUAGUAACCAUUGACGUUUUUGUCAAACUUAAAUCUCUCCAAUGUGGUUGGAAACAUAGACAUAAUAUGAAACUAAUAUGAGGAAAUUGUUGCACUUACGUGGUAUGAAGAAUUGUCUGGAACUAUUUCUAGCUGUUCUCACAUUUAGUUUUUUUUUUUUAUUUUAACUCUAUUAAUUUAUUGUUCAAAAGUCUUGUGAUAAAUGAUAAAUUACCUCAACACCCUUAACCAUUUCCACUCGGAUUAGUUGACCCCUUGUUGUCCCAUACGCUUGCAUUUAUUGCCAUGCAAAAAAACAUGUUUUAAGUUUUGUGUACAUAUACUGACUAAAAUAAAUUAUUUGUUGUACUUGAGGGCUUGAUUCUUAUUCAGCAUAAAAUUGUACACAAGUAAAACAAAAUAUCAAAAUAAAUAUACCCAUAAAAUAUUUUUUGUGUGGUCAUAAUAUAAAAAAAAGCAAAAUAAAAUGUACAAAAUAUUUUUUAGGAGGCUUUUUAAAAAACGUUAACACAUUUUCAGGAUUUGUAAAACACUUUAUCAACAUUAGAUAUCUAGUUGCCAAUUCAAAUCAGCCAUUACAAGAAGGAUUAGGUGUAUUUUUAAUGAAAAAUGCAUUUUCAAACUUAGAUUUUUUGGUGAUUUUGGUCGUCAUGGUUACUAUUUACACUUCUCUAUUCUUUAAUCCACAGCUGACUAAAUAAACUUACAAUUAUUUUUCAAGCUACCAAAGACAUGUAAAAUGAAUAAGGAAAUCAUUAAGUUUGUGUUCAACACAAAUUCAAAACAUGCAAACACUAUAUAAAAGGGAUUUAUUAAUAAAAAGCCGAUGCUGAAAAUGUCGCGGCGGCCGCGACAUACGAGUGGAACGGUCAGACGUGAAUGUCGCGGUAGCGGCGACAUACGAGUGGAAAGGGUUAAGCUUCUUUUCUUCUGUCACCAUCAAACACUAGGAGGACCUAUUAAAUGGUCAUUUUGGAUUCAGUUUUUGCAAGAUUCUUUGCACAUGGAUUCAAGAUUCUUUAAGAUACAUAAUAGUUUUAAGAUACAUAGGUUAUAUACAAAUAUGUGAUGGUAUGGUUUUGUAACUUAUAAACUAAGUUAUCGUAAAAUAAAACAUAGUUAAUUGCUUUCACUCAAUUGUUUUAUAUAUCGCCGUAGAUUUAAGUAAUUUGGAAGACAAAAGUUUGGAGGGGUCCACUGUAUCACCAUUCUGAUCUUCCACAAGAUCUAAUGUUCAAUUAGUCUUUCUUCUAUUAGAUUUAAUGGUAUGGUAUUGUGAUUGUGUAUUUCAACUUGUAUCAACUUUAUCCUGUACGUGAUAUAUAAUAGGUAUCUUUAAUAUGUACCUACAUAAAGUAUCUUUUCCUACCUGAAUAUUUUUAUAUGUUAUGUUUCAACAAUGACAAGUUACCACAAGUUGGCCAAGUUAUGUUUUUGUUUUUUAAUUUUGUACCGUUUUGUUUCAAAUGCAAGAAGUGUUUUUUCCAACACUUGCUGGAUUAUAAGUUUAAAUAAAUGCUAGUUUUGACUUA